AUGGCAAAGUAUGACCCGAACGAGCCCCCUCCUCCUUACUACUCUGUUGCCGUGCACACACUGCCCCCUCUCAAGCCCAAUGAGGAGGUGGUUUAUGGUGUGGGUCGAGGCCUAACACCCCCCAACCAGCCACAUUACAUUCCCCAGUAUCCGCCACCUGUGACAGUUCCUCAAGUCCCACGUUCAGCACCUCCCAAGAGGAAGAGAUGCUGUGAGAAUAAUGCACAGUGUUACGGAGGAUCAGGGGGAACCUUACUGGUGCUCGGUCUGCUGGCUCUGGCCAUCUGGCUUGGAGUGCAUUAUGGCACCAGGGUGGCAACAGCAGUGAUCCUCUAUGAGGAUGAUGACGAUGGCUACAGAAGUGAAAAUCCAAAGUAUGACACCUGCCCAAACAACACUGUCCAAUGUGAUGCGAUAAGAGACUGCCAACUGGGCUCUGACGAAACAAACUGUGUGAGGUUCAGUGCUGAUGGCAGUCUGCAAGUCAGGACAGCUGAAGAUGGACGAUUUCUGCCAGUGUGCUACAAGGGCUGGGACCAGAGCUAUGCCGACCAGACCUGUGCACAGCUAGGUUUCCGAAGAUCUUAUACCACCAAAGCCAUUAUAUCUCACGGGUCCAUAAGUCUAGCAUUGAACAGCAGACCAUCUACAUCUAUCCAGGGUGUGGUCAAUGUCAGUUCCUCAUGUCCAGACCAGGAGACUGUCUCCCUGCAGUGUGUGGACUGCGGUCGGCAGCAGUCUACGUCCCGGAUCAUAGGGGGCAGCAUAGCUAAAUUGGGUCAGUGGCCUUGGCAGUUGUCACUCCACUUCAGAGGAUCACAUGUCUGCGGGGGAGUGCUGAUCUCUCCUGAUUUUGUGCUCACCGCUGCCCACUGCUUCCCAAGAAGCAACACCUUAACUCUCUCGGCAGAGAAUUGGAAAGUGUAUGGUGGAGUGGUGUCUCUGGACAGGCUACCUCAGCCCUACUUGGUUAAGAAGAUCAUACUCAACCAGAACUACAACAGCAAGACUAAUGACCAAGAUGUGGCUCUGCUUAAACUUACAUCUCCAGUUUCUUUUAAUGAUAAAGUUCAGCCAGCUUGUCUGCCAGGUUUUGACCAGCGAUUUUCCCAAGGCACCAAAUGCUGGACCUCAGGCUUUGGCACCACUGAGGCUGGAUCAGGCAGUGUGUCCAAGGAUCUGAUGGAGGUGGUCGUGGACAUUAUUGAAAGACAAGUGUGUAACAGCCCCCGUGUAUAUGGAGGCCUCGUGACCAAGUACAUGCUCUGUGCUGGGGACCUAAAAGGAGGCAAAGACUCCUGUCAAGGUGACAGUGGUGGACCUUUGGUUUGUCAGACAAACAGGCGUUGGUUCGUGACAGGGAUCACCAGCUGGGGAACCGGCUGUGGUGAAAAAAACAAGCCAGGUGUUUACACCAAAGUCAGUAGCGUCCUGCCCUGGAUCUAUAGCAAUAUGCAGCAAGAGAAGCCAUGA